AUGGUGCCACCCGCGAAAACUUCGAAUGCAAAUGCUCUAACCCUGGAGUGGAACCUUGGCCUCAAUAAGGACCUCACUGACUGUGUCUUUAACCUGAGCACAGCCGGUGAGAAGGGUGGAACUGAGGUGUUCUAUCCUACGGGCAACUGUGGGGUCAUCUACGACUCUACCACUGGUCAACAACGUCUCCUACAGGGACAUGUGAAUACCAUCAGUGCGACUGUGAUGGGUCGUGAUAGACAAUUCAUCGUAACAGCAGAUGCUGGGAGGAAGAGCCUUCUCGUGGUCUGGGAUAGGUACCUCAGACCACCCAAAGGUCGAGCACGGUCCAGUCUAGUUCUCAAGGCACACAACUGCACCGAUACGUACCAUCGCAGACCCGCAUCCGCCCCUGCAGAGACAGACGAUGAUGGAAAAGACUCCCAGGACCCCGUAGAGGCUAGUCGGCGCCUUAGCCAAACCAUGGCUAUUUGGGACUGGACUGACACCGACCGACAGGAGCCCCUUUGCAGUCACCGAAUACCCAGCAAUGACUUGCAGACUAUGGUCCUUUUCAAUCGGUGGAAUGUGACUGAGAUCGCCUCGAAUGGGAUGCGACGCGCAAUCUUCUGGCGUUGGGAUAUAGAAGCAGCCACCAAACCCUCCAUCACCGAGGUCCCCCCGGCUAUUUUCAAUUGCUACUGCCCUGUCGUGAAUGCUAAAGACUUGAAUCAGCGUGUCGGGGACUUCACUAUGACAGCCUUCCUACCGAGCACAUCCCAGGUGGCCACCGGCACCGUGGACGGCGAUGUGGUCAUAUGGGACCACUCCCUCAUCGCUGGCUCUGACCCGACCAGUGCGCGCCAUAGAAGGGCUGUCAAGGUCAUACGACUCGCCGCUCAGGGCGUUAGCCUGACCGUCCUCAAGGUGCAUGAUGACUUCAUCGUCGUUGGUUCUUCAGACGGUGCUGUGAGGUUCUACGACUUCAAUUUUAAAAUCAAAGCUUGGUUCGAAGACAUAUCAGCCGGAGUGGUCAAGAGCAUUUCCUUCAGGGCCCCUAAACCAGUACCUGUCGAGCAAUCUGUGACACGGAGGGCCGUGUCACCAUCGAAGAACUUAGUUGGUACGAGGCCUGGUGAUUCCUCGAAUGAUGGCCCCUUCCAUUGCGAGCCGUUUUUGGUCAGCACAACCUCAGCCCUUAUCGUUAAUGUGGAUUGUGAGGUUAUACGUGAACCACAGACCGACUUCAGCACUGAGGGAAGGGAUGUCGUCGAUGCUCUACUGGCGUUGAUAAGGAAGGAAGAGACGGGGAUAGACAAGAUCCCUCUAGAUGUGCUCUUACAGAGGCUACUGAGGACCAAUGCGCAAGGGGCCGAAAUCGAGGCGAGCCCUUAUCCAGACGAACGGCUCACCUACGAGGAGUUCGAACAGUGCUUGAAGUCCCUCGUGCAUGACGAGAACGCCACCAUUGAAAGCGUCUUAGAGGAUGUCGUUGAUCCCGUGGUGUUCGUAAGAGAUCUACUCGGGUUUGACGACGUGUCGGCUAACGCUAGUGAAAUGGACGGCGUUAUGAAUACAACGGAAGGUCCGAUGGGUUGUGGAUGA